CACUGCAGACAGUAUCUCCUGGGAUUUCCUCGUUGCUUUCAGGAAUGGAGAUCCAGCUUACAGUCUUGCUCUUUUUCACUGCUUCAGGAAGUAAAAGGAAAUGCAGAGCAUUUGAGGGGGUGACCAGGUAUUUAACCUCCACCUCUUCUCUGAAGAGCACUCACCUGCUCUUCAGUGCACCAUGGCACUCCUCUCACUGCUUCUGCUGGCUGCUCUGUGGCCGUACAUGGGUCACUCAGCCAGCAUUAAUGUUGGUAUAAUAAAUGGCACAGAGGCUAAACCACACUCCAGACCCUACUUAGUCUCUGUUCAGAUAGAAGGGAUGCACUACUGUGGUGGAUUCCUUGUGUCUGACCUUUUUGUCAUGACGGCUGGUCACUGCUGGAAGAACGGACAGGUAAUGACAGUGGUGAUUGGUGCUCACAAUCUGAUGGACGACAGCGUUGACCGCAUACCUGUGAAGUUCUACCACAUCUAUCCAGGCUAUACAGAUCUGUUUUUUAAUGACAUCAUGCUCCUGGAGCUUGAAAAACCUGUUCAAAGGGGUGCAGUUGUCGACUGGAUCUCCAUCCCCAAAACAAAUGAUGAUAUUGAGGCCAACACCAUAUGCAGCAUCGCUGGCUGGGGAAGGACAUCAUCCGAUGGGUCGCAAAGUGAUCAUCUAAUGGAGGCAAAUGUCAGAAUCAUAGACUCAAGGAAAUGUAAAGAGGACUGGGGGCACUAUUAUUCAUCUGUAAAUAUGAUGUGUGCUGGUUCUGGGCAUGGAUUUUGUCGGGGAGACUCUGGAGGUCCGUUGGUGUGUAAUAAUGUUGCAGUUGGUAUUGUUUCAUUCUUUCAAGCAGGGAACUGCGAUAAACCAAUAGUACCAAAUGUCUACACUAAGAUAUCCCAGUUUCUGCCCUGGAUCAAGGAAGUCAUUAACAGUGUGUAAUCAAACAAAAUGUCAAUUAUUUUGCAUGGAUUACUGAAUUAGUAUGUUUUGUGUGUCCAUCGGGGCUGAAUUUAUGCAAUUCAGAAAUAACAGGCAAUACAAAAAUAAAAAUAUAUUUGUUUUAAAUUUUCUCAAUUUUCUUUUAUACUUCCAUACUUAUAUUUUUAAUAUAUUUUGCCUCUGUACACAACAACAUUGAAUUUGAAAUAAGACAUUA